AUGGACGAAGACAUAAUUCCAAAACAGAAGCUAACGAUUAAUAACAAAACUGCACUGAAAGAACUUUAUAAAGAAAUAAAACUUGACGUCCCAUGGAUCGAGACACAAGCCGUUACUUCAGAGGAUCCGAUUCAAAUUAAGGACGCAAAUAAUGACAUGGAGCGCGAGCUUGCAUUCUACAAGCAAGCUCUUCAGUCAGCUAUAACUGCUCGAUCUCUCUUUCAAUCCCUCUCUGUCCCAUUUUCCCGUCCUUCCGACUAUUUUGCCGAAAUGGUAAAAUCCGACGAACUCAUGUCACGCGUACGACAACGACUUCUUGAUGAAGAUGCACAAAUUAAAGCUAGCGAACAGGCCCGAAAACAAAGGGAGUCAAAGAAGUUUGGAAAGAAAAGGAAAGGAAUAGAGGAUACGGCAAUAGAUGAUGAUUUUGAAAUUGCGUUGGAAGAAGCCGCGAGAGAGGAUCGACCAGUGAAGAGACAGAAGAUUGGAAAAAGUGCAAAGCGAAGUAAAAAGGAUGCCAAAUUCGGCUUUGGUGGAAAGAAGAGAUACGCAAAAUCUAAUACAGCACAGUCAACAGCCGAUAUAUCAGACUUCAAUCCACGGGCUAUGAAGGGCGGCUGGGGAGAAAAGAAGAAGCCUAAGAAUUAUCGAUUUGGAAAGACACGGAGACAAACCAUGAAGAAUCGAAAACGAGGUUGA